AUGCUGUCGUCAAACACAACACCAUCUCGAGGCGCUGAUAUGAAGUUAUCUGGUGAGAGCGUAUCAGCCGAACAGCUGAUGCAAACGUGGGAGCAAAAAUUAAAAAAACACGAAGACAACAUUAUCAAGCACAUAAAUGAAAUGUGGGAACAAAAACUCAAAGCGCACGAAGCGAACAUCAUAAAACAUGUAAACGAAUCUUUGCAAACUAUAGAGAAUAGAGUUAUGCAGAGAAUGAGCGAGCUUACUGGUGAGUUAGCGAAUACGAAAGAAAGACUAGACAAAAUUGAACAAAGAAUGACAGGUGUUGAAUAUGUGCACACAGAGCUUGCAUUGCUCAAAACAAAUGUUGAUGCACUGCGUGAGCAAGUUGAAGAUCUGGGGGAAAAGGCAGUGUCGACAGAUAUUGUAAUGCAUGGCAUACCGUAUUCCAGUGACGAAAACUUGAAGGAGAUUUUCACUAAGCUGUGUGGAGUGAUUAACCUCGAAACACCCGGCAUC